UCUCUCCUGCUCUCCACCACCCUGCCACUUGCUGCUGCUGCUGCUGCUGCUGCUGCUGUGAAGACUGAAAGGAGAGGAGGACCUGACAAGGAGGACCUGACCACGGCUGUGCCCUUUCUUUCUAAAAUGGAUGCUACGGAGUUUCGGAGGCGAGGUAAGGAGAUGGUAGAUCUGAUAGCAGAUUACCUGGAGAACAUAGAGCAAAGGCCGGUGUACCCCAACGUAGAGCCAGGGUAUCUGCGGUCCCUGAUCCCCCAGGAGGCCCCUGAAGAGCCCGACACCUACGAGGAUGUUGUCAAAGACAUUGAGAGGGUUAUCAUGCCAGGGGUGACCCACUGGCACAGCCCGUAUUUCUAUGCCUACUUCCCUACGGCCAGCUCCUUCCCAGCCAUGCUGGCAGACAUGCUGUCUGGAGCUAUCGGUUGUAUUGGAUUCUCCUGGGCUGCUAGUCCAGCCUGUACGGAGCUGGAGACAGUGAUGAUGGACUGGCUGGGGAAGAUGCUCAAGCUGCCUGAGGAAUUCAUUGCCGGGACACAUGGACAGGGAGGAGGUGUCAUCCAGGGUACAGCCAGUGAGGCGACUCUGGUGGCUCUCCUAGCUGCCCGAUCCAGGACAGUCAGAAUUAUUCUGGCCAACGAUCCACAGCGUCCAGAGACUGACAUCACCUCCAAACUAGUUGCCUACGCCUCAGACCAGGCUCAUUGUUCGGUGGAACGAGCCGGUAUGAUUGGUGGAGUUAGGAUGAAGAAAAUUCCAACAAAACAGUCAAACAAGUAUGCUGUCCAUGGAGAGACCUUCCUGAAGAUGAUACAGGAAGACAAGGCAGCAGGACUCAUCCCCUUCUAUUUGUGUGCAACACUUGGCACCACUCCCUCAUGUGCGUUUGACCGCAUCACUGAACUGGGACCUAUAUGUAAUGCGGAGCAAAUCUGGAUGCACAUUGAUGCUGCAUAUGCUGGGAGUUCCUUCAUCUGUCCUGAAUUCAGACCACUGUUGAAUGGCAUUGAGUUUGCAGACUCUUUCAAUUUCAACCCACAUAAAUGGCUGCUAGUCAACUUUGACUGCUCAACAAUGUGGGUGAGGGACAGAUCUGACCUCAUUGGAGCAUUCAAGAUGGAUCCUCUUUACCUGAAACAUGAUCAUCAAGAGUCAGGGCUGAUAACAGAUUAUCGGCACUGGCAGAUUCCUCUGGGUCGAAGGUUCCGCUCUCUGAAGAUGUGGUUUGUCUUCCGGAUGUAUGGGCUGAAAGGCCUCCAGGACUACAUCCGUAAGCAUGUAGAGUUGGCCAAGGAGUUUGAGACACUGGUUCGCGCGGACCCGCGCUUUGAGAUCAGUGCAGACGUCAUCUUGGCGCUGGUCUGCUUUAGACUAAAGGGCUCCAAUGAGAUGAACGAGGUCUUGCUAAAGAGGAUCAACAACGGCAAGAAGAUACACCUGGUGCCGUGCCAGCUGUCUGGUCAGUUCGUGCUGCGUUUCGCCAUCUGUGCCAGGACCACCGAAUCACGCCAUGUGCGUGAGGCUUGGCGAAUCAUCUCACAGCUGGCCGAAGAGGUGAUGCAGGAACUACCCCACUGACUGUCCACAGACUAGAGACAGGCAGUGCUGAUCUAUGAUCAUGUCCCAAUUAAGGACCAGGCUCCUCAUGUCCAUUUACUAUCAUCCAAAACUCAAACCUGAUCCUAGAAACUGAUCUUAGAUUUUAAAUGGACCCAUACCCAAGCUAAUCAUUGCCAUUAUUUAGAAGCAUCUCAGAGUUGAAGUGACCAUUUGAUCACAUUCCUUAAGAUAUAAAAAGCCAAACAGAUCCUAGUUCAGCAGCCCACCUCUUAGGUGCUGGCUGAAUACACGGGCCGGAUCUCACGGUUUACGUCAUCACUGUAUUGUAACUGCAUUCCUUAAUGCCGGCUGUCCGGUCCUGUCUGUGUGUUUAGAUGAGUGCUGUGAAGGGCUACAUGUGAAUCAGUGAAUUUGUGUGACUGAAGUGGAGAUCUGUGACAGGCAAAAAAGAUUGGUUAAUUUGCUCUCCUAUCCUAUGUGCAAUGAUGUCAAAGGGAAAAAAAAAACUGUGCUUGUUGUCUGAAGUAACUUUGUUGUGAUGUCGCAAACGGACGUGGCAUUUCACCACAUAUAUUGCAACUUUUAAGGGCGAGGUAAAUCAUAUCCAAAUAAAGAUGCAGUCCAAGAUCAAAAUGGCCCACUUCCUGUCGUAGAGUUGAAAUUCUCUCUUUAACUGACAGUUUUGGAGCAAUUUUAGCUUAUUAGCUAAGACAGGAUAAAGAGUAUACAGAGGAAAAUAAAAAAAAAUAGACUACUAAAUGUUGUGAUAUUAGUGAGUACAUAUUUGACUCAUAUAUAUCAUAUAAAUCAGGUCUUAAUAUAUACAAAAUAAAUCUUCCAAAUGAUUUACAUGAAUGUUUUUUCACCCUUUUAAUCAAAUAAAUUGUUUGAAAUUGUCAAAGAGUUUAAUAAAGCGAGUAGUAGUAAACAGUUUAAUAAAGCCAUUAUCAAAUUUGAAGUAGCGUUUUCUGUUAGACAGGGAUAAAAGCAUACAUCACUGG